CCCGCGGCUGAUGUCAGCCCGCAGCGGGGGCAGGACGGGGCCGCGGCGGAGUUUAAUCCGGAGCCGGAGCCGGAGGGAGCGGGCCGGGCUGGGAUGCGCCGCUAGCCCCGGAGCGCGGGGCCCUUCCCGGCCGGCGGCCUUUCCCCGGAGAGCAGCGACCCCCCCUCGCUCACAGGUCCCCCCUGGGCUCUGCAGGGUCAGUGCACAAACCCUGAGGCCUGGGCCUGGGACUCCCCGUCCUGCCUCCAGGUCACUAGUGGAAGGAGUUUAGUCUCCUCUGUCCUCGCUGGCUCCCUGUGUGGAUGGCUGCAGGGCCCUGACUCCCGCCCAGCAUGGAGCCCGACCUCCUGCCCCUCGUCCUGACGGCUGAGCCCUGGGGCUUUAACCAGCAGGCCACGGAGCUGGGGCCGGGCACCCCCGGCCUGGACCCCUGCAGCCUGGACCUGGAGCGUCGCUACCAGGCCGUGCCCGCCGCAGUCUGCGCCCUCUGCUGCCUCUUCGGGGUCAUCUACAGCUGCUUCGGUUACCGCUGCUUCAAAGCCAUCAUGUUCCUGUCGGGGCUUCUCUUCGGCUCCCUGGUCAUCUUCCUGCUGUGCUACAAGGAGCGAGUGCUGGAGACGCAGCUGAGCCUGGAAGUGAGCGCGGGCAUCGCGCUGGGCAUCGGGGCGCUGUGCGGGCUGGUCACCAUGCUGGUGCACAGCGUGGGGCUCUUCAUGACAGGGCUGCUGCUGGGGCUGCUGCUGGCCACGGCCGGCCUGGUGGCCACGGAGCCGCUCUACCAGCCGCAGAGCCUGUGGGUGCCCGUGGGCAGCGUGCUGGGGCUGGCGCUGCUCUGCGCCCUGCUGGCGCUGCGCUGGCAGAAGCCGCUCACCGUGCUCUCCACGGCCGUCUUCGGGGCCGCCGUCAUCGUGGGCUGCGUGGACUAUUUCGUGGAGCUGCUGGCGCUGCUGGGCCACGUGUACGACCGGCUGCGCCUGGCGCCCUCGGCCCCGCUCUGCUGGCACAGCUGGGCCGUCCUGGCGCUCUGGCCGGCCCUCAGCGUGCUGGGCCUGCUGCUGCAGUGGAAAGUGACGGCCGAGGGCUACUCGCACACGGACGUGAUCAUCAGCCGGCGGCAGAAGCGGUUGCAGCUGCUGCGGAUCCGGCAGAAGGAGGCCAAGAAACGGCAGAGCCUCCCCCCGCAGGAGGGCAGCUACCGGCGCAAGCCCAACCCCGUCAAGCGCUAUGCAGGCGACGUCCUGGCGCCGAGCUACAUCCAGAGCCUGCGGGAUCGCCAGCUGGGCACCGGCAGCGCCACCCACACCGUCCUCGACCUGGACUACGACUGCGGCUCCACCGUGCCCCUGACGGCCCCUGCGCCCGGCGGGCGCCUCUGACCGGGGCAGGGGCUUCACUUCGUUCCACUUGUGCCUUGGGGGCGGAGGCGGCAGCGAUGGGGGGACGGGGAGACCGUUUUGCUGGUGACACUUGACCCCCCCUCACCCCACCCCACCCCCGUGCCCUCUCCCCAGCCCAGCAGCUGCAGUUCCCAGGUAGAGUGGGCACCUGCCUGCCUGGCCCUUUAAAUAUUCAAAACAGCUGCUUUCCCCUGCUCCUAUUGGCCUGUCCAGAGGGGAGGCGGGGCUCCGGGGAUACAGCUGGUUCCAUUCGAUCUGCUCUCCAGUGUCAGGCUGGGGACCCUGCUCUGGGCCCCCCGCGAUGUCCAGCCUCCCCCGUCCCCCCCAGCACUGGGGUGGGGGCUGAGCCCCGGGCCCCAUCGCUGGGGGGCUCUGCCCUGGGCCCGGGUUCGGGCUCUGCCCAGGCCGGGUGGGGCUGAGCCCCGGGCCCCAUUGCUGGGGGGCUCUGCCCUGGGCCCGGGUUCAAGCUCUGCCCAGGCCGGGUGGGGCUGAGCCCUGGGCCCCAUCGCUGGGGGGCUCUGCCCCGGGCCCGGGUUAAAGCUCUGCCCAGGCCGGGUGGGGCUGAGCCCCGGGCCCCAUCGCUGGGGGCUCUGCCCUGGGCCCGGGUUCAAGCUCUGCCCAGGCCGGGUGGGGCUGAGCCCCGGGCCCCAUCGCUGGGGGGCUCUGCCCUGGCCCCGGGUUCAAGCUCUGCCCAGGCCGGGUGGGGAGCAGCGGGGGGGGGCUGGCGCGGAGCAUUCUGGGAACUCAGCAGCUGCCCCUGCCCGAGCCCCGUCUGCUAGCCCUGGGGGGUACAGGGCGCUCGCAGGCUGGGGGGGUCUGUACACACCAGCACUGCCGCCAUGGCAGACGCCCUGCAAGGGGGGCGGGGGGCGUCUUCUGCCAGGGUUGGGCCCAGCGGGGGGGGACCUAGAUCCCCUGGCCUGCAAGGACGACAGCCAAGGCCCAGCUGCCUCUAGCAGCACUUUCCUGCCCCAUCGGCUCCAGCAGCCCCCACAUCUCAGCCCUGGCUCCCGAGGGGGGAGGGAGCUGGUCCCCCUGUUUAUACCCUAUGUACUGUACCGGGGGGGGCACAUUAAACUGCCUUAGAGACCGGGUGUGGCUGGCUGGCUCCGUGUGUCUCCCUGCAGGGGCCCUGGGGGCGCCGGUUCUGCCCCCUUCGGCAGGACCUCA